CAAUACCACACGUUAGCGGCUUCCCGCGAAAACCCGCCGCUGCUGCGGCGAUUAUUAUACCUUAAUUCUCUCGCAAAUCAAUCCUAAUCCAAUCGUAUUAUUACUAUUAAGUUUUUAACUUUUUCUCUUCGUUUUAACUUUUAAUUAAUCAUCUGCUCAAUCCUCCGAUCCGUUCCCCCCCUUUGUUUCUCCUAUUCGUUUCGCGAGAUCCGGCGGCGGAUGAUGAGCAGGGGCGGCGGAGGAGGAAUUUGAACGAGAGAGAGAGAGAGAAUCAUCGGAAACCGCGUGCGUGGUGGUCGUCUGCGUAACGAUGAAAGGACUCUUCAAAACCAGGAGCCGGACACCGGUGGAGCUCGUCCAACACCUCCGGGAACUCAUCCUCUUCGCCCACCGCGAUCCCUCCGACAUCCCGAAAAAAAAGCGCGAAGACAAGAUGGCAGAGCUAGGGAAAGUUCUAGUGGAGAUAAGGACUAUACUGUUCGGUGAAGGGCAAUCGGAGCCAAAUGCUGAGGCUUGCUCACAAUUGACCCAGGAGUUCUUUCGAGAGGACACACUGCGUAUCCUCAUCGUCUGCAUCCCUAAACUCGACCUCGGGUCUCGUCAGAUUGCGGCCCGUGUAAUUUCCAACUUGCAGAAGCAGAAGGUGCAAGGGAGGCUGGUGGCUCCGCAGUACAUGGAGAGCAAUUUGGAUCUUUUGGACAUUUUGCUACCUGGUUAUGCAGAUGAUGAGAUAGCAGUGCCUUAUGGGAUCAUUGCAAGAGAGCUAAUCUGCCACCAGGUGGUAGCAAAGUAUGUCCUGGAAUCAGAGCACAUGCGCAAUUUCUUUGAAUACAUUCAGAUUGAGACUUUUGAAAUCUCAUCCGAUGCUCAAGCCACUUUCAAGGAACUUCUCACAAGGCAUAAAUCAACCGUUUCUGAAUUUCUAACCAACAAUUUCGACUGGUUCUUCGUGGAAUACAAUUCAAAGUUGCUUGAGUCGGAUAAAUACAUAACCAGAAGGCAUGCUGUCAAGGUAUCCAUUUUCCGACCCCUCUGUGUAUACUGACUAUGGUGAAUGACAAAUCACUGCAACAAAACUUGCAUUGUUCCUACUUUCAUGUGAUCCCUUUUUACUUGCUCUUGUUCACUCAGCUUCUGGGAGAUAUGCUCCUUGAUCGAUCAAAUUCGGCGGUGAUGGUUCGAUAUGUGAGCUCACUGGAUAACCUGAGAAUAAUGAUGAACCUUUUCAGAGAAGAAAAGAAGUCCAUACAGAUGGAAGCUUUCCAUGUCUUCAAGCUGUUUGUGGCAAACCAAAGCAAGCCUCCUGAGAUCGUCGGUGUGCUGAUUCAGAACAAGAACAAGCUUCUCAGGUUCUUAGCUGGUUUAACAACUGAGAAAGGUAUGCAAUUUUACUCUUGUCAAUGAUGAACAGUUUGAGGCAGACAAAUCUGAAGUGAUUAGGGAGAUUGCGACCUUAGACACCAGAGAACGUGCAAUUACUGAUUCAGAUAAUGAGGCUGAAUCCUAAAUACAUGAUGUGGAAACUGGAUGAUAAUUUAUCUUUCUUUCUAGGACUUGUCUUAAUUAUCGGUUCGUUUUCUCCUUUUUUUUUUCCCUUUUCCUUGAAUUGGCUUUUGUAUUUUACAACAUCACUGUAAAGAACACAGCUCACAACAGCAGAUAGUGCUUGUAUGAAGAGUACAACAACACAACAUUUUGUUUCAGUUUUCCCUUUUAUCAGUCAAGUGAAGCUCCCAUGUCUUGUAUUCUACUUGUUUUUUGAUCCAAUUUAUAUUAAAAUAGACGAAAUACGUGAAUUAAUGAUUUAUCGUCACAAA